AUGAGACCUCAGGCAUCCUCUUCCGCUGCUACAAUCGCGGCUUCUACAUUGGGUCAAACUGCCAAUACCACCACAUACCCCAUUACUCUCGAAUCACUCCUUGCCACGCAUGCCAGCGCACCAAAUCCAAUACUCGCUGCAUUGGAACAAGUUCUAUCUGAACGCAAUGUCCUCUCAACUCAAAAUACACAGCUUUGGAAACUUAUUGAGAAGCAACGUGCCGCAUACAACCAGGUGCUCAAGGAAAUUGAACGUGUCCGUAGCGAACGAGAUACCUACAAGACUCGCUUGCAAGCAUCAGGACUGAGUACUGAACUGGCGAAGAAGGAAAGGGAU